CAAACAGCAAGCAGCAUUAGGGAGCGGUUGAAGCAGGCCGACUCUUAUAAGGCAAUAGUGGACAUGCGUCCUUCGAUAUCCUUACUGACGUCACAAAAGAUUCUUCGAGACUUCAUGGACUCCAGCACCGACGUGGAGACUCUACAGCUCAACCAUUAUCUGUUUCGGUCGUUAGACAAGAUUCUAUCAGACACCUACGCUCCUAGUGAUUACGACAUCCUGCGAGUCAGACAAAAGACCACGGGACUGCACGAGAUCCUCUUUCACUUCAAAGGAUUCGAGUUCAGACUCUGUGACGUCGAUGGCCACUGCACCGUUAAGAAAAAGUGGCUACAGAACUUCGAGAACGUUUCAGCCAUACUUUACACAGUAUCCCUCAGCUCAUACGAUGUCCAGAGCAAGGACCAUGAAGAUCAGACGGAGAUCAUUGACGCCAUCAGGGUGUUCCACACAGUGGCAUCCUACGACGGGUUCUCCCGGGCACCGAUUAUUCUGUUUCUCAACAAGAAAGAUCUCUUCCAACAGAAGCUGAAGAAGGUUCCUAUAACGGUAGCCUUUCCUGAGUAUAAUGGAGAGAAUGAGUUCGCAGAGGUCUGUCAGUUUGUUGAACGCAAGUUUGAAUCCUGCGUCGCCCGUGCAGCAGACCGGCUGACCAUACACAUCACCAACGCUACGGAUACCCCGCAUAUAAGGACGGUGUUCGAUGCCUCUUUGGCGGUCAUCUUAAAUCGUACUUAA